ACGAAAUUGAAUAUUAACCAAAAAAUAUUGAAGGAAUUAUGUUGCGAGGAAAAUUUCUUCUCCAACUUCCCCGAUUUUUCAGUCGGACCACCACUAAUGCUGCCGCUAAGGAAGCCACCAUGAAUCUGAAAUUCGGACAUCUGUUCAAACUAGAUAAAUCCCCAGCAGAAUCGGUAACCAUAACUCUAGAGGAAGCCACUUCAGCACUUAAGAUGAUGAUGUACAUCCGUCGGAUGGAGAGGAAAGCAGCUGAACUCUAUCUGGCUCGUUUCAUAAACGGCUUCCUUCAUUUAUAUUCAGGACAGGAAGCGGUGGCAGUUGGUCUGAAGAUGUCCCUGGACGAUGGUGAUUCGGUAAUAACGGCAUACCGUUGUCACGGAAUCGCGUGCGUCUUCGGAGUAUCUGCGCGAAAUGUGUUGGCCGAAUUAAUGGGACGUAAAACUGGUGUUGCAAGUGGUAAAGGGGGAUCAAUGCACAUGUACGCCAAGGGAUUUUACGGUGGAGAUGGAAUAGUGGGGGGACAGGUUCCUAUCGGUGCUGGAAUCGCUUUUGCCCAUAAAUAUAAAGGCGAGGCAAAUGUCUGCUUCACUCUCUAUGGAGAUGGUGCAGCUUCUCAAGGGCAAAUCUACGAAGCCUGGAACAUGUCCAAAUUGUGGAAUCUCCCUGCUGUAUUCAUUUGCGAGAAUAAUCGCUAUGGAAUGGGAACUUCUGUAGACCGUCACUCUGCUAAUCCUGCGUUUUAUACCCGAGGAGAUAGUAUUCCAGGAAUUAAGGCAGAUGGAAUGAAUCUUCUGGAAGUCCGUGAGGUCUGUAAAUUCGCUCGGGAUCAUGCCCUGAAAAAAGGCCCAAUAAUAAUCGAGUUUGAGACAUACCGGUACUUCGGUCACAGUAUGAGUGAUCCUGGAACGGCCUAUCGCAGUCGAGACGAAAUAAAAGGUGUCCAGGAGAAUCAGGACCCGAUAGAACUCCUCAUUAAAUUCUCAGUCUCCAAUAAUCUAAUGACAGAAUCCGAAAUUGCGGAGCUGCAAAAAACGACAAAUAAGCAAGUGGACGAUGAACUAGAGCAAGCGAAAUCAGAUCCGUGGCCGGAACCCGAAGACAUAGCAUCGUCGCUGUACGUGAAGCCACUGGAGAAGACACGUGGGAAAAUUCCGUGGGAGCUGCACUAAUUUGGCAAGUGAUGCAUACCCAACGAAAUAAAUGGCCAAUAGUUGAUUGACAAUUUGAAACAAUCAAUCGAAAAAACGUUAUACGAUGUAUUAGAAGACGUCAGUACUUGACACGAAU